AUGCCCGUUACAGAAGAAACAGGAUCGGGAACACGAAACAGAAAAUUAACAGACAAAGGAAAGGUAUAUAAACAUGAACAAUACAAUAAAACAUUUAGAACACUGAAGAUAACAAGUGGUGUGAUAAGACAGAUUAUUUCUGAUAAUGAAUCUCCAGAAACAGUAAGAAGAAAGUAUGCUGCAUGGCUUGAGGAUUAUGAGCGUUUUCUUGUUAUAUUUGAUGAACUUGUCUCUCAAUUAACUGACAAGGAGGAGAGAGAAGAAUUGCUUAAGACUCAUUAUGAUUACGAUGUGUUUCUCAUGAACUUUAAGAAAGAAAUAGAGGAGUUCUUUUCCUACCACCAGAGUGUAAAGGAGGAAUCACAAGUAGAAGCAACAAAAGAAACUGUCAGAAGCUUGAAGUCCAAGUCUCGCACAUCUAUAGCUACAAGUAUAUCAUCCAAACGCCUUGAAGAAGAACAAAGAGUAGCUGAGUUAGAAGCUCGCAAAGCAGCACUUUCCCAUAAGAAGGAGUUAGAGAUAGCGAAAGUCAAAGUAAAACUUGAAGAAGAAGAGUUGGACUUGAAUACAAAUAUUGCUAUUGCGAAUGCUAAAACAGAAGUCCUUCAGAAAUAUGAAAGGUGUAGUGAUGCUGAUUUGCAUGAUGAUGUUUCUAACAUUGAUAUAGUGAAUCCUAGAACAUUAGCACCAAAACCAACGCCAAGAACGCCUUUGUUUCCGAGUGAGUUUGCAUCAGUACCGUCCUUGUUUGAGAGGCCUCUGAAUCCGAACGCAGAGACAUUCAUACCCAAACGUGAAGAAAUUCCACCACUUGACCUUCAUUGCCUUGAUGAAACAAAACCACAGACCUCUGAAUCUGAUGUUAUGCAGUGUGUUGUACAAUACCUCCGGAAACCUGUACCAGAGAUAAAGAAAUUUGGAGGCAAUCCGUUAGAAUUUAGACGUUUUGUCAGACAGUUUAAUACCAAAGUAGUGAUGAAUACUAAAGACAAUGAUGAACGAAUGAAUUAUCUUGAGCAAAUGACUUUUGGGGAAGCAUACAGAGUAGUGUCUGGAUUUAGUCAUAUGUCAGGAGACAGAGCCUACAAAGCAGCUAUGAAUCAGCUUGAAGAGCGGUACGGAGACAGUGAGGUAAUUGCAACAGCAUUCAUAAAGAAGGCAUUAGACUGGCCAGCAGUGAAGGAUGCAAAGAUGCUAGAUGAGUUCUCAUUGUUCCUUGUGGAGUGUCAGAACGCAGCUGAAAGCAUCGAUAGUGUUUCUGUCUUAGAUUAUUCAGACAACAUAAAGAGACUUAUGACAAAACUUCCUGUGUAUAUGCAUGAUAGGUGGAGAAAUGUUGUACUGAAAACUAAAGAAGCCAAGAAGACAAAGAGAGCUGUUGCGUCUACUGAUGUUACAAGUGAAGUACAAGACUUUAACGUACGAGAACAGAAAUGUGAAUUCUGUGAAAGUAGUACCCGUGCACUGAAUGACUGCAAGAAGUUUGUAACCAAAGGACUUCAAGACAGAUACAACUUCCUGCGAAAUAAUGGACAGUGUUAUGGAUGUCUUAGGAAAGGCCACAUAACUAAAAAGUGCAAAGCAAGACUUAAGUGUUCCAUAUGCAGCAGGCGUCACCCUACGAUACUACAUGAUCCUGCGAAAUGCGUAGCAAAACGUACAGAUGAAGACAAAGAAAACAUUAAUCCUAUGUCAACAGAUAUCAAAACUACAUGCAAGUUCUCCAAACCUCACAUCAGUGCCUUUAGUGAUAAAGGGGCCGGAGAAACAACCUGUGCUAUGGCAAUAAUUCCAGUGAGAGUUAAACUGAAAAAUAAACCGUAUAGCAUAGAAACUUAUGCAUUCUUUGACUCUGGCAGCAGUGUGUCAUUUUGCACAGAAAACAUAAUGCAUCGACUUGGAGCAAAUGGCAAGAAGAAACAAAUCACCAUAAAGACAAUGGGGAAUUCUCAGAGAUUGAACACAUAUGUUAUCAGUGGUUUGCAAGUGUGUGGACUUUCAAUGGAACAUGUGAUUGAUCUACCGAAUGUGUAUACAAAGGAACAUAUGCCUGUAUCAAAAGAACACAUUCCAACGCAGCAAGAGUUAAAACAGUGGCCACAUCUGUCAACAAUUCAAACAUCAGAAAAAGAUGCAGAAAUUGGAAUUAUGAUUGGAAAUAACAUACCAGAUGCUUACUCUCCAUUGGAAGUAAUUGCUGGGCCAAGUGGUUCUCCCCACGCAACAAGGACACGACUAGGAUGGAUAGUAUGGAAUGUCAUAAGAGAAAAUGCAUCAGAUACAUUUGACAUAAACAGAGUAGCUAUAGAAGAUGCUCAGGAAAGAGACAGAAACUUAGAAAAGAUGGUGAAAGAUUCCAUAAACUAUGACUUUCCAGAACGUCUUGUGGAUGAUGUAAAAGAAAACUCUUUAGAAGAUAAGAGCUUCUUAACUCAAGUUUCAGAAUCUAUUCACAUUCAGGAUGGUCAUUACUCAAUUGGACUUCCGUUUAAGGAUCCCUUUAUUCAGUUACCCAACAAUAUCAUGCAAGGAUUUCAGAGACUUGGGAGUCUAAAGAAGAAACUGAUAAAGGAUCCAAAGAUUAGAAAUGACUAUGUGACUUUUAUGAACAAGCUGUUUGAGAAGGGAUAUGCAGAACCUGUUCCUCAAAGUCAGCUACAAAGAGAGGAUGGCAGAGUAUGGUACCUACCGCACCAUGGAGUUUACAACAAUAAAAAACCAGGGAAGAUUAGAGUUGUGUUUGACUGCUCUGCAGUGUAUAUGGGGAUUUCACUAAACAGCCAGUUACUUCAAGGACCUGACCUAACAAAUAGUUUACUUGGUGUACUUUUAAGAUUUCGUCAGGAGAAAAUUGCUAUACAAGGAGAUAUUGAGGCUAUGUUUCACCAAGUAUUAAUCCCCGAACAAGAUCGAGACUGUCUAAGAUUUCUGUGGUGGAAGGAUGGCAAUCUAGAUGCCAACCCUGAACAAUACAGAAUGAAAGUUCACAUCUUUGGAGCCACUUCCUCUCCAACUUGCUGUAACUAUGCACUACAACAGACAGCUAAAGAAUAUGGUUCCGACUUUGAUCCUACAGUGGUGACCACAGUAUUCAAGAAUAUGUAUGUAGGUGACUGUUUGGCUUCGGUUGACACAGAGAAGAAAGCGGCCUUACUCAUUAAAGAUCUGUCUACACUUUGUAGCAAAGGUGGUUUUCAUCUGACAAAAUGGAUUAGUAACUCAAAACAAGUCUUAAAAUCUGUUCCAGAAGAUGAUCGAGCUAAAGAUGUGCAGGAAUGGAACCUUGAAGGUGAAAGUGAAACACUUGUAGAACGUGCACUAGGUGUGUACUGGCUUGUUAACAGUGACCAUUUAGGAUUUCUGAUAAACAUUAAAAAUCAGCCAACAACCAGAAGAGGAAUUCUAUCAAUAGUGAGCUCAAUAUUUGAUCCUCUUGGUAUCGUGUCACCUUUCGUGAUGACAGCAAAGACACUUCUUCAAAAAAUGUGCAAAAAUUCAAUUGGAUGGGAUGAAGAGAUUAAAGGAAGUCAGCUUAAGGACUGGAAAAAUUGGCUGACACAAGCAAAAGAACUUGAAAAUGUAACACUUGAAAGAUGCUACAAGCCACAAGACUUCGGGAGGACGACAUGUCAGGAGUUGCACUGUUUUGCAGAUGCAAGUGAAGUUGGAAUAGGAGUUGUUAUAUAUCUACGACUCAUCAGUGAGACUGGACAAAUCCACUGUUCCUUUGUUCUUGGAAAGUCAAGAGUGGCACCGUUAAAAACAGUGACGAUACCGAGGCUUGAGUUGACGGCAUCAACUUUAGCAGUGAAAUUAUGCAAGAUAGUUACAAAACAGUUGGAUAACCAAGUUGAUCAAGUUUACUUCUGGACAGAUAGCAUGUCAGUUCUUCGUUACAUAAAUAACACAAAAACUCGUUUUCAAACAUUUGUUGCCAAUAGGCUUGCCAUAAUUCAUGCAGCAACUACAGUCAACCAGUGGCACUAUGUCAACUCUAAAGAUAAUCCAGCAGACUGUGCGUCAAGGGGAAUACCAGUAGUAAAUAGAUUUCUUGAAUCAGCAGCAUGGUUCAGUGGUCCUGAGUGGUUAUGGAAACCAGAUGUUUCAUGGCCGUCUACUGAAAUCAUUAGUGAUUCGUCAGAAAUUGACAGUGCUGAAAUAAAAGACAGCGGCAACACAGCAGUUAAAACAGAAACAGUGGAAGGAAUGGAAAGAUUACUCCAGCACUUCUCUUCCUGGAAAAAGCUGAAAACAGUGACUGGAUGGCUACUCUUAGCACGAGAAAACCUCAAAGGAAUAAUGGAGAGGAAAAGAGAAUGGAGAUCAAGAAUGACAUCGGAGGGAUUGACAGAAGAGAAAAUACAAGAAUUAGAAAAGAAGGAAAAGCAUAACAGAUUGAAAAAUGAUACACAAAGACCUUCAUUAAAUGUAGACAUUCUUGACAGAGCAGAAACAGACAUUUUGAAGUAUGUGCAGAUGAAGCAUUUUGCCCAAGAAUUUAAAGACUUGAAUUCAAGUGAAAAUGGAGUUGUUAAAAGGUUAUCAAGAUUAGCCAAGUUAGACCCAAUUGUUCACAAUGGAGUUCUACGUGUAGGCGGUAGACUUAAGAAACUGGAUACAACUCUUAACAAUAAACAUCAAAUUAUUAUUCCCAAAGAGUCUGUAUUAGCCAGUUGA